AAUAAAGGAUUAAGCACGAUUAAAGAUCCUCCAAUAUAUCCUCUCUUUUCUUAUAACAGAAUAUCAUCCAAAAAAAGAUAUUCACCUACAUCACCGCCACCACAAGAGUCUUUGCCACCACAAGAGUCUUUGCCACCACAAGAGUCUUUGCUACCACAAGAACCUUUGCUACUACAAACACCUUUUUUAUUACAAGCACAUUCGUUGUCACAAGCAUCUUUGUUGCCCCAAGCACCAUCAGUCCCAUUAUCGCAAGUACCAAGUAAUUGGGCCUUUGGUCCUUCAGUGUUUCAGCUAUUUUUGCCACCAUUUAACACUUAUCACACACCGUCGUUGAUGCCAUUCAACCCGUACCAUACACCAACACCACAAUUUAUUUCAUCUCCAUUUCAAGUUAGUCAAUAUCAACCUACUUGGGCAGCUCCAAAAUUUGAAUACAUUCAUAAAAAAGUUUUGGAACAUAAUUAUCAAAUAAAUUUAAAAAAAUCUUUCAAGUUUUCCCUUUGUGGUCGGUGCCACAAUAUUUUGCUCAAACUGAAUCCUGAAAAAACUGGAAAAAAAUCAACAAAUAAAGCAACGGUUAAUGCAAUGGAUGUGGUAAUGGAUAAAGCAAUAGAUGUAGUAAUGGAUAAUGCAAGAGAUGAAUUGAUGGAUGUGGUAACUGAUACAGCAACGGAUGUG